GGAAAAACGAGUAUUACAUUUUAACCUCCACCUUUCUUGGAUGCAUCAUCAUAAGAUAGACUUCAAAGCCUUACCUUAAUAAUUGCGAAAAUUCUUCUCAAUUGGUGGCUCCAUUCCCAAAUUGCUCCCUUCUUCAAAUUCAAGACACCCCGAAUAACUGAGAGACUCGCCGGCGGUUACCGUUCCCAUCACCGCAGGUUAUUCUCUCCCUGGCCAUUUUUGGGUUGUGAUCUCAUCUGAAAGGAACUUGAGCAGCUGUUGAUCAUCUCGGUCAUUCGAUGGACAAAAUUUUUAUUUCAUGCCGUAGCUGAUAAUUUUUUAUAAGAGCUCUAUUCAUCUUCAGCUCAGUCAGGAGUUAUUUGUCAUUUAAUUAUCAUCCUGAAACAUUGAGCUGGAACAUUUAAGUGUGCCUGUAAGAGUGGCAAACAGAAGAUUUGCUUCUGCAGUAGUGUCACUUUUCAAACAACCUGAUUGCUCAUGGAAGAGCAGAAAGUACUGGAGACAUCCUCAAACAGUAUCACAUGCCAAACCUUACCUUCUUUUCUAUCCUCCUUCGUAGACACCUUUGUUGAUUUCUCUGUUAGCGGUGGCCUUUUCCUCUUACCCCCUAGCCCGACCCUAGGUCAAAUCUCUCCCCCUAGUUACAAUGAAACAAACUCCAGAGUCUUGACUCCAUUGCAGACAGUAUAUCCAUCACCUGCACGGCUAAUUGCUAUUGGUGAUCUCCAUGGUGACCUUUCCAAAACCAAGCAAGCCCUCCGCCUUGCCGGCCUCAUUGACUCUGAGGGUCACUGGAGUGGGGGCUCCACUACUGUAGUCCAGGUAGGGGACAUCUUGGACCGAGGAGGUGAUGAACUGAAGAUAAUGUACUUGUUUGAAAAGUUGAAAAGAGAAGCUACAAAGUCUGGGGGAGCUAUUUUAACUAUGAAUGGGAAUCAUGAAAUCAUGAAUGUGGACGGAGACUUCCGGUUUGUAAGUCGAGGGGGCCUGGAGGAGUUCAAGGAUUGGGCAAUGUGGUAUUCAGUUGGAAAUGAUAUGAAAAAGUUGUGUAGUGGAUUUGACGGACUCAUAAAGGACCCUUUUGAUGGAAUACCGACUGAGUGCUCUUACAUUAAGCCUGAGAUUUUCAGCGGUAUUAGAGCCCGUAUUGCUGCAUUACAGCCGAAUGGACCAAUUGCAGAGAGAUUUUUGUCCAGAAACCAAACUGUUUUGGUCGUGGGAGAUUCGCUGUUUGUACACGGCGGCCUUCUACCUAGCCAUGUUGAAUAUGGUUUGGAGAAGGUGAAUGAGCAUGUGAGAGAUUGGAUCCUUGGAAUAAAGAAGAAGAUUAGGAAUGAAUUGAUCCGGGGCAGGCAUUCCAUUGUCUGGACGAGGAAGUUCUCGAACGAGUCGGCUAAAGAUUGCGAUUGUUCGACUCUUGAACACGUUCUGAACACUAUCCCUGGGGUAAAAAGAAUGAUCAUGGGACAUACUAUCCAAGAGAGUGGUAUCAAUGGUGUCUGUAAUAACACUGCAAUUCGGAUUGAUGUUGGGAUGUCAAAAGGAUGUGGGAAUGGAUUGGCUGAAGUGUUGGAAAUCAGUGAGAAUUCUCAGGUAAAAAUCUUGACUUCAAAUCCUCUGUAUCAGAAGAAAAGUGAUUCUUUGGUUGCUGCUGAGAAAGGUGGUCAUGAUUUUUUCAUCCCUAAACAAGGGCAAAAACAAGUAGAAGUGAAUGCUUGAUGGUUCUGACUUGGUGCCUCUAAGCCUUUGAAUCGAAGUCAGGUCCAUAUUGCCAUGUAUUUGGUGUGUGAAACUUGGUCGCCCACAUGGUAAUUUUUAGCUGUUAUAUACCUAUUAGGAUCAAUUCAGAAUAGUUGUGAAAUCAAUUAUCAUAGACAUUAUUAUUGGAAGUCAUUGUCUCUUUGAAUUCCUGGCCUUAUUUUGUCUGCUAGGAAAUGUGGAGACCAGAUUUAUACGUCAUCAAUGGCUGAAUAUCAUCAUAGGGUCCAAGCUCAUGGAGAUUAUUCUUUGAUGAAUCAUAUUCAUUCCAAAGAAGUAUCAAUCUCUGCAUCUAACCAUAUUGUUGGUUUGCGAUAUUAUACUAUUAUUAUUAUUUUCUAGGUUUGGCUUGACUAUGUUAUUAAUGACCAGUUAGCAAUGAUUAAGUGAUGAUUAUGUCAAAAAGAUAGUUAACGAGGACAAAGAAAAGUUACUGGGUGAAACAAAAUCCAAUGGCUUGUACGAUCCAAUUCUCACCGUUGUUUACCAAGCUUUUGAGUGAGGAAAGAUCACAUGCCUCCUUGGCCUAAACAAAGAAGCCGACAAGCUUUUCUGAUUUAUGAUCAUCACUGUGUAGAAAUCCUUAAUAGAGAGAACAUAUACAAGUCACGUGAUUAUAUGCAUAUGAUCACAGACUCAAGGAAUAGAAGCUGCCUUGUUGCGCCCCAAAAACUACUAUGUUAUUCGAUCAUUCAUGUAUGUUAUUGAUCUUUUUGUCCUAAAAUGAUCGAUAUGUCUGGGUUUUUACGACUACGUUAAAUCCAAACUGAACAAUGCAUGUAUGCAACAACAAUAACAAAUUCUUAUUUUCCUGUACGUAUGAAUUCAGCCAUCAUCAUCAUGUUCCUCA